AUGAUUUACAACAUCGUGGUCCCGACAACUGUCACCCUCCUCUCCUACGUCGUUUUUUAUGUCGCUCGCUCGCUCUACCGCACUUGGACGUCGCCACUGAAGUUUGUGGACGGCCCUUCCUCGUUCAACUUUUUGACCGGGCACUCAAUCGUGGACGUGCCAGAGAUCGGGGACAAAUGGCGCGAGCAGUAUGGCUCAAUGUUCAUGACCAAAGGCAUGUUUGGGGCAAACGACCUGCACAUCAAGGACGUCAAAGCUGUUGCGCAUAUCCUCGGCGAUAACUUGCUGUACCCCAAGCCGUUCGACCUGAUGGCUAGUCUAAGCAGAAUCCUGGGGAAAGGGAUUCUGUCUGUCGAAGCGGAUCCGCAUAAGCGUCAGCGCAAAAUUCUGCUCCCCGCGUUCAAUAUCCAGCAAAUUCGUAUGAUGAACGAGGUCUUCGUGGAGAAGGCAGUCUUGUUGCGAGACUUGUUGGCUGCGGAUGUCGAUAAAGCCGGCGGAACCGCAACCGUUGACUUGGCUGAGAUGUUCCGCCGAGUUACGCUGGAUAUCAUCGGAGCGACCGGGUUUGGAUACAAUUUUCAGUCUCUCGAAUCAAACGGCAAGAAUGAAGGGGACCUGAGCAAGGCCUUCAGCGGGUUGAUCAGCGUACCAAACGCCAACUUCUAUCGAGCUGUGCAGCUUGCCCAGGCUACUAUUCCGGUUCUCAAGCUUCUCCCGCUACCUGGUGGACAAAACGCAAAGUUCGCGAAGAAGACGCUUCAUACGGUUGGUUCAGCCCUUUUGCAGAAAUCUCAAGCCGAGGCACGAGCAAUGGGCGAGAAGGAACUGGGGUCAGGGCGUGAUUUGCUGUCCAUUCUGGUCAAAGCGAAUAUGUCGGCAGAUAUUCCAGACAGCCAAAAGCUGACCGACGCAGAAGUCAUCUCUCAAAUUCCGACAUUCCUGCUUGCUGGACAUGAGACCAGCAGCGCCGCGCUGGGCUGGGCCGCUCAUGCAUUGUCCGAGCAUCCAUCGGUUCAGGAAAAGCUUCGUCAAGAGUUACUCACCGUACAAACCGAUACCCCGACCAUGGACGAGCUCAACGCGUUGCCCUACUUCGAGACUGUUUUGAGAGAGAUUCUGAGACUCUACACCCCCGCAGUGUUUUCUCAGCGUGAGGCACUGAAUGAUGAUGUCCUCCCGUUGAAAAAACCGUUUGUGGACCGUUGGGGUGUGUCCCAUGAGAGUAUUCCUGUCCCGAAAGGGCAGCUGUUCACGAUCCCACUGCUGGCCAUGAAUACCGACAAGGAGAUUUGGGGCGAGGAUGCGCUCGAAUUCAAACCCGAACGGUGGAAUGACCUCCCAGAUGCCGUGGAUUCCAUGCCCGGAAUCUGGGGCCACCAGAUGACCUUCCUCGGCGGUGCUCACAGCUGCAUGGGCUUCCGGUUUUCCAUGGCCGAACAGAAAGCGGUUCUGUUCAGCCUCCUCCGGGCUUUUGAGCUCAUGCCUGGUCCAGAGCCCGUCGGUCCGGAGAUUUCGCAGCUGUUCCAGCGGCCGGUCUCGUUUGCGUCCGAUGGGAAGGGUGGACGGGUGUCUACGGGUGGUCUGCCCAUUGUACUCAAGGCCCUCAAAAGCAUCAUUUGACCCUCUCGAAAUCAAACUCUCGUAUGUCCCAUGCAGUUUUGGGGGAUAAAGGUGGAUGGGAUGACCGAGCUGCGCUGAUGGAUCAAUCUGUGCCUCGGAAAUUCUUGUGUAUACUUUUGACAAUCAAUUUGUGGUUUGCUAGAACUAGC